UUCAGUUAUUAGCCCAGGUCCCUAUAUGUAUUAAUCGCAAUGGCUGAGAUUUCUUAUCAUCCUUUUGAACUUGGAAGCCAUUGAUGCUCUAAGACUGAGCUGAAGAUAAGGUAAUAAUAAAAGGGUUCAUCAAUCAAGGAUCAUCAGAAGGUUGAAAAUGGCAUUAUCAGCACCAAGCACUUUAAUAUCUCAUAACAGAGCCGUUAAUUGCUUAGCUUUCUCGUUGCCAAAGCUUGGGAAUUUAGCAGUAAAUCAUCAGCAACUCCAUUCAAGGGUCAAUUUUCAUUCAUUUUCGGACCCUCCGUACGUUCAUCAGUGUAGAAAUGGUGGAAAAUUUCAGCCAUCUUGCUUAGCGAAGACUGUUGUUUCUGAUGUUGGGGUUCACAACUCCGAUUUCACCACAGAUGCUGCUGCUGAUGAUACUUGGUCAGAAUUUGCCAAGAAUGUAUCAGGUGAAUGGGAUGGAUUUGGAGCUGAUUUCACUAUUGAAGGGAAACCAAUUGAACUUCCUGAAUCUGUAGUACCUGAAGCUUACAGGGAAUGGGAAGUCAAGGUUUAUGAUUGGCAAACUCAAUGCCCUACCCUUGCUGAACCAGUGGAGAACACCAUGACUUACAAAACUAUAAAACUACUCCCCACCGUUGGAUGUGAAGCCGAUGCUGCAACACGAUAUAGCAUCGAAGAGAAGAACAUCGGGGGUGUGGACAAUGAAGUUUCUGCCUUUGCAUAUCAUUCUAGUGGAUGUUACACUGCUAUCUGGUCAGUUGCAGAUAAAAAUCUGUUGGAGUUGGAGCAUUGCUUGAUUAAUCCUCGAGAUAGGGAGUCUCGUGUGAGGAUUAUUCAGGUUGUUCGAGUCGAUGGUACGAAGUUCGUGUUACAAAAUGUUAGGGUCUUUUGCGAACAAUGGUAUGGUCCAUUUAGGAAUGGUGAUCAACUUGGUGGAUGUGCUAUUCGUGAUUCUGCAUUUGCCUCAACAGCUGCUACAAAUGCCUCUGAUGUUGGUGGUGUAUGGAAAGGGUCUAAUGCUGCUGCCAGUUUUGAUAGUUCUGGUGAUAAUUUUCUUGAAGAGCUCAAAGCUAACGGGGUAAUGAAGUCAAUAAGAGAUGGAAGCAAUCUCAUAUUGCUCCCUAAACAAUUAUGGUGCUCCUUAAUGGACAGUGGAGGUGAAACUUGCAUUGAGGUGGGGUGGCUUUAUGAUCAAGGAUAUGCUAUUACAUCAAGAUGUUGCUUCUCAAGAGAGGGGAAGUUGAAAGAAGUUUCUAUAGCUCGUGAAACUACAGUUUUGGAAGGUGUAUAGCAACAGAGGAUUUAAAUAAGUCCGUAAUUUUAUUUACAUCUUAGUGAAACUUUAAUGACGCAUUUACUUACAGAUGAAGUUAAAUUAAAUCUCAUAAAAAAAUGAAAAUGUCUAUAAAUAUUAAAUUGUAAAAAUCUUUCUUGUUUUGGUUUUGCAAAUUUUAUUAUUUAAAGUAGCCCAUGCCGGUUGUUGAAGGUUUAUGAUACUUUAAAA